AUGGCGGCCCAGCCCCUGACGACCGAGACAUUGUCCCGGCUGUUCCCCGACAUUGACACGACACCGGAUGCCCUGUCCGGCCACGACGAGGAGCAAAUCAGGUUAAUGGACGAAAUGUGCAUCGUCACCGACGAGAAUGACAUGCCCAUCGGCAAGGCGAGCAAGAUGAUUUGCCAUCUCAUGAGCAACAUCAACAAAGGCCUUCUUCACCGGGCUUUUUCCGUCUUUCUCUUCAACGAUAAAAAUGAGCUGCUCCUUCAACAACGGGCGCCAGAGAAGAUUACGUUUCCCGGCAUGUGGACUAAUACAUGCUGCUCGCACCCCUUGGCCGUAUCUGGUGAGACGGGCUCAAUGCUUCAAGCUGCCAUCGAGGGGGUCAAACGUGCGGCGCAGCGAAAGCUUCAUCACGAGCUGGGAAUCGACAAAGCGCAGGUUCCGAUUGAAAAGUUCCACUUUUUGACGCGCAUCCAUUACAAGUCUGCCAGUGACAGCGAGUGGGGAGAGCACGAGGUCGACUAUGUUCUCUUCAUCAAGGCUCAGGUUCAGCUCGACGUCAAUGACAAUGAGGUCAAGGCAACGCAGUACGUAAAUUCCGACGGGCUCAAAAAGCUGUUUCAAGACCCGAACCUCAGCUUCACGCCCUGGUUCACGCUCAUCUGCAAAUCCAUGCUUUUUGAGUGGUGGGACACUUUGGACUCUAACCUGGAAGAUUACACCAACGAAGUCCAGAUCCGGCGCAUGUAG